AUGCCGUCUUUUGACUCAUUUACCCCUGUGGAAGUCAUUGAGGCCGUCUCAAGGGCUGGGGUUAUGAAGGGUAAUAUGCGAGCAGACAAAAUCUUCUUGAGCGGUGUCUCUGCUGGAUGUCUACUUUCCUUUGCCUGUGGCACCACUCUCAGUACUGAUGCCUCGCCAUGGUUCCAAGAAAAUGCACCUGGGUUAAUCCGCACAAUCAGCGCUCUUGUAUUCCCUUAUGGACUUGUGAUGAUUAUAUUAACGGGAGCUGAUCUCUGUACGGGUUCCUUCAUGUACACAACUGCUGCAGCGUUACAAAGGAAACUUCCAUGGUGGAAGAUGUUAAUGCACUGGACCAUAACAUUCCUCGGCAAUUUGGCAGGAUCCCUUUUCGUAGUAGCUAUCAUCUUCGGCUAUGGCAACGUCUUUGCCACAGACCCAUUCAAAUCUGCUGUUAUUACCUUUGCUACCAAAAAGCAAGUGACUCCCAAUUUCCGCAUGAUAUUUCUGCGGGCGAUUGGCUGUAAUUGGCUUGUUUGUCUGGCCUGCUUUUUCGGCAUGCAAGGGCGGGAUCUUGCAUCCAAAGUCAUCGGCAUCUGGUGGCCUGUAUUUGCCUUCGUUUCGCUUGGAUUCGAUCACGUUGUUGCCAACAUGACCUUUAUUCCCUUGGGUAUCUGGCUUGAGGCACCUAAUAUCACUGUUGGUCUGUACAUCUGGAAGGGGAUAGUUCCCGCAUUGUUGGGUAAUAUCAUUGGUGGUGCACUAUUCAGCGGAACUUAUUACUGGUACAUGUACCUUUUGAGCUUCGACUCUUUGCCCAUUGUCAGAAGAAGGAAGACUGACAGUGAAACGGAAAGAAAUCCAACCGAUCUUGAAGCAUAUGCCGAAAGUCAAGCUCACUAUGACUAA